ACCGUAAAUAGAGGCUCCCAGGGAACCAGAGGUUGCACAACUGCUCCGCAGCUGUCUCAUCCUGUUAUCAGGGAAACCUCUGGGAAGAGAACCUUCAUCGUUUUUUGCCGGGCCCCGGGUCAUGGUGCCAGCCUGACUGAGGAGAGGAAGCUCCCGGGAGACGAAUGAGGAACCACCUCCUCCUGCUGUUCAAGUACAGGGGCUUAGUCCGCAAAGGGAAAAAAAGCAAACGACGAAAAUGGCUAAUUUCGUGAUCCGCUCCGCCACGCCCGCCGACUGCAGUGAUAUUCUCCGCCUAAUCAAGGAACUAGCUAAAUAUGAAGAAAUGGAAGAACAAGUAGUGCUAACUGAAAAAGAUCUGCUCGAAGAUGGGUUUGGAGAGCACCCUUUCUACCAUUGCCUGGUUGCAGAAGUGCCAAAAGAACAUUGGACACCUGAAGGAUACAGCAUUGUUGGCUUUGCUAUGUACUACUUUACUUAUGACCCAUGGAUUGGGAAGCUGUUGUAUCUUGAAGACUUCUUUGUGAUGAGUGACUUCAGAGGGUUUGGCAUUGGUUCUGAAAUUCUGAAGAACCUAAGUCAGGUUGCCGUCAAAUGCCGCUGCAGCAGCAUGCACUUCUUAGUGGCUGAAUGGAAUGAGCCAUCCAUCCGGUUCUACAAGAGAAGAGGGGCUUCCGAUCUGUCCAGUGAGGAAGGAUGGAGACUCUUCAAGAUCGAUAAGGAGUACUUACUAAAAAUGGCAGCAGAGGAAUGAAAAGUGCUAGCAUCAGUGGGAACAAGUUCCAUUCCUGAACCAGUCUACGUAGAAUAAAUUCUCAACUUCUUGCUUUCUAUCCUGUCUUGUAGUAGAGUCAUUCAAAAGCUUUAUUACCAGUGGCGUUGUAGCAUGUUUGUUCCUGGGGUCUGGUGCUAAAACAUCAGGUCUGUGGGCAGUUUGGAAUCAGACUUUUCUGUGAGCAUCUUCUCAUAAACAAGGUGGUGUCAUCUUAAAAUGUAAAUGAAUAAAACUUCAUUCUCGUGAGUCAUUUAAAUGUGUACAAUGUACACACUGGUACAUAGAGUUUCUGUUUAAUUGUCUUUUUAAAAAAAUAAACUAGUCUUCAAUUGAAUUGCA